UGAGCCAGAGUCCUGAGGGGCCAGGCCAGCUGGAGGGGGCAGGGGACACUGUCAAGGAGGUGACAUGUGAACUAGAGGGUUUGAGUUCCCCCAGUAGGAGGAAGAAGCUCCGGAUGAGGAAGCAGGCCGGGGAAACCCAGAAGGGGCUGCUGUCGCCACUGUGUCCUGGGCUGGCAUGGGCCCUGCCGCUGAGGCCCCAGGUCCCCACCCAGCACGGGGCCACCAGGAUGAGCAAACUGCCUGGGGAGCUGGCCCCGGACCUGGAGCGCAGCCUGCCAGCCAUGGCGUCCCUGAGCGCGUCGCUGUCCCACAGCCAGAGCCUCUCACACCUCCUCCCGGCAACCCCAGAGAAGACCCGGGCCAUCUCCGAUGUCCGCCGCACCUUCUGCCUCUUUGUCACCUUUGACCUGCUGUUCAUCUCCCUGCUCUGGAUCAUUGAGCUGAACACCAACACGGGCAUCCGCAGGAACCUGGAACAGGAGAUCAUCCACUACCGCUUCAAAACCUCCUUCUUCGACAUCUUUGUCCUGGCCUUCUUCCGCUUCUCUGGGCUGCUACUGGGCUAUGCGGUGCUGCGGCUGCGGCACUGGUGUGUUAUCGCGGUCACCACGCUAGUGUCCAGCGCCUUCCUCAUUGUCAAGGUCAUCCUCUCUGAGCUGCUAAGCAAAGGGGCCUUUGGAUACCUGCUCCCCAUCGUGUCUUUCGUCCUCGCGUGGGUGGAGACCUGGUUCCUUGACUUCAAGGUCCUGCCACAGGAGGCAGAGGAGGAGCGAUGGUACCGGGCAGCCCAGGCUGCUGCAGCCCGAGGCCCGCCGCUGUUCUCUGGGGCGCUCUCCGAGGGCCAGUUCUAUUCACCCCCAGAAUCCUUUGCAGGGUCUGAUGAUGAAUCAGACGAGGAAGUCACAGGGAAGAGAAGCUUCUCAGCCCAGGAGCGGGAGUACAUCCGCCAGGGUAGGGAGGCUACAGCCGUGGUGGACCAGAUCUUGGCCCAAGAGGAGAACUGGAAGUUCGAGAAGAAUAACGAGUACGGAGACACUGUGUCCACCAUAGAGGUCCCCUAUCACGGCAAGACCUUUAUCCUGAAGACCUUCCUGCCCUGUCCGGCGGAGCUGGUGUACCAGGAAGUCAUCCUGCAACCUGAGCGGAUGGCGCUGUGGAACAGGACGGUGACCGCCUGCCAGAUCCUGCAGCGGAUAGAAGACAACACCCUGGUCUCCUAUGAUGUGUCGGCAGGCGCUGCAGGUGGUGUGGUCUCCCCCAGGGACUUUGUGAAUGUCCGGCGUAUCGAGCGGCGCAGAGACCGGUACCUGUCCUCGGGCAUCGCCACCACACACUGUGCCAAGCCCCCGACGCACAAAUACGUCCGAGGGGAGAACGGGCCUGGGGGCUUCGUCGUGCUCAAGGCGGCUGGAAACCCCCGCACCUGCACCUUCAUCUGGAUUCUGAACACCGACCUCAAGGGCCGCCUGCCGCGGUACCUCAUCCACCAGAGCCUGGCAGCCACCAUGUUCGAGUUCGCCUUUCACCUGCGGCAGCGCGUUGGGGAGCUGGGGGCCCGGGUAUGACCGCCUUGUGGAUGGGGUCGCCACGGACCCUGGAGCCCAAGAGGGGACUGGCCCUGACCGUGGGCAGCACCUUGAUCCCAACCGCUGCCCUCGGCCCGCUGAGCCACACUGUUGGGCAGGGCCAGGGCACUUGGACAGGAGGAAGUGGGGUUCAUGCUGAUGCCGCGCUGCGUCCCCACCUUGCCAGGAUCAGGGACAGAGGCGCAGAGAGAUCAGGAUGCCACAGCCAGACUCAGCAGGGUCUGCCCACUGUCUCUUGCUGGCUUUUUCAGCCACUUGCUGGGUCUUAGACCUCGGACCUUUCGCACUGUGGGGGCACGGGAGGGGGCAAGGCCUCCCCUACUCCAGGGCCUCCUGGGAUCCUUGUCAUGUGAGCCAAUUAAAGACAUGAAUUCAAAAGCAA